GAGCUACAAUGCGAGUCGGCCGGCAGGAAGCACAAAUUCACCAAAUGACAGGAAGCUUUUUGAAAUAACUAACGCUAUAAAACCCAGAGACACCCUCAGCUGGAACGCAGAGGAGCCACCUGCCGACAUUGGGACUAAACCGAGGUCUAAUUUGAUCUCCAUCCUCGUAUCAAAGGGACUCGUUCGCCUCCUGCCGUACUCACCCAUAAAGUCAGCAGUUGUCUGGCAGAUGGAGAAACAGGCCGGAGCUGCCGGAGCGGCAGACGGAGCUUUGCCAAACAGAAAGCCCAGAGCCCCGCCGACUUGCGCACCGGCCACGGGUGACACCCUGGACAGUCCAACAGGUUCUCAUGUGGAGUGGUGUAAACAGCUGAUAGCAGCCACAAUCUCCAGUCAGAUCUCCGGAUCAGUCCCAUCUGACAUUGCCAGGGAUAACAAGGUUAGGAGAAGACCGGUUCUCAUGCAAGAUUCACAAGAGGAAGUGCUUUGUUACCAUGGAGAUAUCUAUUCUGAGCUUCCCUCCAGUGCUUCGAACCUUCCAGCUUUGAGAUACGGGGCGCCGGUCACAAUGUUCCAGAACCAGGUUCCUCUGCUCCCAGGAGAGACCGUCCAGACCACCGUGAAGGAUGUGAUGUACAUCUGUCCCUUCAGUGGUCUGGUUAAUGGAACCCUGACCAUCACAGACUACAAGCUCUACUUCACCAGCGUGGAACGGGAGUGUCCAUUUGUUCUCGACGUGAACCUGGGAGUCAUCAGCAGACUGGAGACCAUCAGUGUUCCCAACCAGGGAGAGAACACCAAAGGACUGGAGCUGGUGUGCAAGGACAUGAGGAGUCCCAGGUUUGCCUACAAGACGGAGGAAAGUCAUCCGGACGUGGUGGAGCUGCUGUCCAAACAUGCCUUCCCCCUCUCCCACAGUCUGCCGUUGUUUGCCUUCCUGUACAAGGAGCAGUUCCCCGUGGACGGAUGGAAGGUGUACGAGCCGACGGCAGAGUACAGGCGUCUGGGUCUCCCUAAUGAGAGCUGGGCCUUCAGUAAGAUGAACAGCAACUACGAGCUGUGUGACACGUAUCCCUCCAUCCUGGUCAUCCCCACCCACAUCGCAGAUGACGACGUGAGGCGAGUGGCUGUGUUCAGAGCCAGGCAUCGCAUACCGGUCCUGUCCUGGAUCCAUCCAGAGACUCAGGCCACCAUCGUGCGCUGCAGCCAGCCGUUAGUCGGCCCGUCAGACCGCCGCUGCAAAGAGGACGAGCGCUUCCUCCAAAUAAUCAUGGACGCCAACGCCCAGUCCCACAAGCUCACCAUCUUUGACGCCCGCCAGAGCAGCGUGGCGGUCACCAACAAGGCGAAGGACGGAGGGUACGAGAGCGAGAGCGUCUACCCAAACGUGGAGCUGAACUUCCUGGAGAUCCCCAACAUCCACGUGAUGAGGGAGUCUCUGAGGAAGAUGAAGGACGUGGUUUACCCCACCAUCGACGAGGCCCACUGGCACUCGGCUAUCGACCAGACGCACUGGCUGGAGUACAUCCGGCUGUUGUUGGCAGGAGCAGCAAAGAUAGCCGACAAGCUGGAGUCGGCGAAGACGUCGGUGGUGGUGCACUGCAGCGACGGCUGGGACCGGACCGCUCAGCUCACCUCUCUGGCGAUGCUGAUGCUGGACAGUCACUACCGCACGCUGCGAGGGUUCCAGGUUCUGGUGGAGAAGGAGUGGGUCAGCUUCGGACACAAGUUUGCCGCUCGCGUGGGUCACGGCGAUGAGAACCACGCCAACUCGGAGCGCUCGCCUCUCUUCGUCCAGUUUAUCGACUGCGUUUGGCAGAUGACUCGACAGUUCCCAGCAGCCUUUGAGUUCAACGAGCUGUUCCUGAUCACCGUGCUGGACCACCUCUAUAGUUGUCUGUUUGGUACGUUCCUGUACAGCAGCGAACAGGAGAGGGCGGCUAAGGAGGUGCAGACCAGCACCGUGUCACUCUGGUCCUACAUUAACAGCCAGCCGGAGGACUUCACCAACCCCUUCUACGUGGACUAUGAGCACCACGUGCUGUGCCCGCUGGUUUCCUCCAGACACCUGGAGCUGUGGACGGGCUACUACGCCCGUUGGAACCCGCGCAUGAGACCACAGGUGCCGGUGCACCAGACGCUGAAGGAGCUUCUGUUCUUAAGAGCAGAGCUGCAGAGGAGGGUGGAGGAGCUGAAGAGAGACGCCACCUCCCGCUCCUCAUCUUCCUUCUCUGAACAUUCCCCUUCACACGCCGCGGGAACUCCUCUGCAUUCUGCUGUCUGACAAACACACACACAGUUUAAUGUGUGUUUCAGACCAAUUACUACAAGGUGAUGUUUACAAUGGGAAGGAGGCUUUACAAAAACAUUUACAUUUUUUUAAUAUUCUUAAAUACAAUUUUAGCAAAGUGAAAUAACGUUACCACAUGUCAGUUUCAAAAGUAUUACAUCUGUACGGAGCUGCUAAAGGGAGGAUGGAGAAAAAGGACAGAAAUAUGAAAACUGGACACUGAAUAUGAUUAUUUUAAUAUUUAACAAACCACAAUAUUAUACAAUUUAAUAAUUAUUAGUAACUGAAGUCUCAGAGCUACCGAGCGCUAGUUAGCUACAGACAAUUCAGUGCCCCAUAUCUUUAUUUUCCGGGCUCCGAUCGCUGACUCCAAAUGAGAGGAAACAACUGAUCCUUUUAUAGUCCUCUUAGAGGCUCCAUAGAAACGAGCCGCACACAAAGCUGUGCUCUGCCUGUUUCAUAUUAUUGAGAAAGUAAAUCUCCUAAUAAAUAAAUCGUGGAUGCCAGCAUCACCGUUCCUGUAGGAAUCUCCCCGCUCUGUCAGAGGGGCCAUUGAGAGCUGAACUUCCACCACCUGCAGACUCGCUCACACGUUCUCCUCCUCCACUUUGUCAUGUGACUGAUGCCACCGUCACAUUUUUUAGGUGGAAGAACUAAAUAUACAAAGAUCAUAUUUUUUGAUAUUUCAUCGAUAUCCCUCACUUGCUGCUUGUUUUCUGUAUUUGUAUAUAAAAGUAUUUUUUAUUUAAAUAUUUUCUCUUUAUGUUGCCUUUCCAUGUAUCAACCUUGUUACUGGUACCCCCCCCCCCCCGCCCCCUUAACAACUUGUACUGUAAAUCAUUUUCACAAAGGAGCCACUCACUCACGCGCAGACAUGUAGAGCAGCCCAGACUAGUUAGAAAAGCAAACACCGUUUUAUCUGAAUGCUAUUUAACCUAUUUACACACUCUACCUGUGGCAUGUGAUACAGUAAAACUUUUUUCAAUUCUUUUUUGUACGUAACGUGUCUAACGAGUGAUGAGCUAAACCUCCAAAGUGAGCCAUAAUCACUUCUGACAUUUCAUUUUAAAAAAAAUAAAAAAGUAAGAAUUCAAAUCUGCA